GAACUUGAAGAGUAAAGGAGCAGUGCAGACAGAGGAACACACAGUGGACCACGCAGCACAGAGAGGACGGGCACCCUAGCUCGUUCACAGCAGCAUCAUUCAGAGAAUCAACUAAACCUCCGUUGUGCAGGACACUCAACUAUUCAUCUAAUCAAAGGUACCAUGGCUCCUGGAUUUAAAUCAGUGAUUUUGCUGCUGCUGCUGCUGCUCCCCUGUUGGCAACCUGCUGGAGCCAAAGAAGGAAAGGGAAAGGGAAAGAAAGGAAAGCAAGUUGUCUGUCCAUCACAGCUGUCAGCGGAGGAUUUAGCCCAGGUUCCAGCUAACUCUACCUCCAACAUUUUGAAUCGUCUGAUGGUCAGUUAUGACCCAAGAAUAAGACCGAACUUUCAAGGCAUUCCAGUUGAGUCCAAGGUGAACAUAUUCAUUAACAGCUUUGGGUCCAUCCAGGAGACCACCAUGGACUACAGAGUGAAUAUAUUUCUUCGUCAGAGAUGGAAUGACCCUCGUCUACGACUGCCUACUGACUAUAAAAGUGAAGCGCUGACUGUUGAUCCCAAAAUGUUCCAGUGUUUGUGGAAACCAGACCUGUUUUUUGCCAAUGAAAAAAAUGCAAACUUUCAUGAUGUCACACAGGACAACAUUCUUCUCUUCAUAUUCAGGAAUGGAGAUGUCUUAAUCAGCAUGAGACUUUCAGUCACUCUGUCCUGUCCCCUGGAUCUCACACUCUUUCCUAUGGACACACAACGCUGUAAGAUGCAGCUGGAGAGCUUUGGCUAUACCACCAGUGAUCUUGUGUUCAUGUGGCAGUCAGACCCUGUUCAGAUGGAUGAGAUAGCUCUCCCACAGUUUGACAUCAAACAAGAGGACAUAAUAUAUGGAAACUGUACAAAGUACUACCAAGGAACAGGGUACUACACCUGUGUUGAGGUGAUUUUUACACUGCGUCGACAAGUUGGUUUCUACUUGAUGGGAGUUUAUGCUCCGACUCUGCUGAUUGUCGUUUUGUCUUGGUUGUCAUUCUGGAUCAACCCAGAUGCUUCAGCUGCACGGGUACCACUUGGAAUUUUAUCAGUUCUCUCUCUGUCCAGUGAGAGCAUGUCCUUGGCUUCAGAGCUACCAAAAGUCUCAUAUGUAAAGGCCAUUGAUAUCUGGCUGAUCGCCUGUCUGCUCUUUGGGUUUUCCUCUCUGGUGGAAUAUGCCGUUGUGCAGGUUUUCCUGAACAGUCCCAAACUGAUUGAAGAGGAGAAAGCCAAAAUGGCCACGAAGGAAAAAGCAUUAAAAGAACAAGAAGCUAAAAAGCCUUCAAAUAAAACUAACAACACAGUCAAUGGGACAGGCGGAACACCUAUCCAUGUCAACACUUUACAGGUGGUUGAAAAUCGCUGCAAGAAAGUUUGUACCUCCAAGUCGGACCUCCGCUCCAAUGACUUUAGCAUUGUGGGAUCUUUACCUCGAGACUUUGAACUUUCCAACUUUGACUGUUACGGUAAACCUGUUGAGGUUACAGGGGCUCUCAAGUCUCAGAACAAAACCAACAAGAAACCUCCUCCACCAAAACCUGUCAUACCUCAUGCUGCUAAACGCAUUGACCUCUAUGCACGAGCUCUCUUUCCCUUCACCUUUCUCUUCUUUAAUGUGGUUUACUGGUCGGUCUAUCUGUGAAAGAGAUUAAGAGGAAGAACAACUCAAGUUAAAAUCAUCUGAAUCAUGGCAUAAACUAACUGUACUGAUAUUACACCUAACUGGUGAAUGACUUCGCAAAUUAAUAUCCUGAAUUUUGUCCUGGUAUUUCAUACUAAAGUUAAUGUUAUUAUAUUUCAUACCUCCAUGUAAAAACUGUAAUGACUGCUAUUUCUUCCUGUAACUGUAAAUGAGCACAACCUGAAACCUUGCAGCUGUUUAAUUGGCCUUGCCUUCUGCCUGUAGAUGAGCAAAUGUUGCAUGUAUAUCUCUGUCUUCCAAAAUAAUGUUGUGUUAAUUAAACUAUGCUACAGUCAGACCAGUUAGACUAUGCUUAUUGUUCUUUAUAGAAACUGUAUAGAAGUCUCAGUUAGCCAGUAAUGUCAAAUACAUGCUUACGUAAUAAAAUUUCAAAAAUGUA